AAAGACCAGGGGCGUGGUAACUGCACAGGGACUCAGUUUGGGGCGUGGGCGGGGAAUUCCACUCAGGCCAGUCUUCCGGGUAGUUUAACUGCUCAGAGCCCCCUUGAGGACUGGGAGGCAGCAUAACCUCUGCCACUCCCCAGCACUCCAGAAUCACUAAAGAUGGAGGCUGCAGUGAUGGCAAGUUCCCGGCACCUGGUGUCAGUAAGGGCGGCAGCACUGGUGCAGAUGGAGCGGCCUCAGAUGUUCGCCUUCUCCGUGCACUGGUCGGAUGGCAGUGACACCUUUGUGUGCAGGAACUGGGAUGAGUUCAGGCAACUUCAGAAGACCCUCAAGGAGACCUUUCCAGUGGAGGCAGGCCUGCUGCGGAGAUCUGAUCGCCUUCUCCCCAAGCUGCCAGACGCACCACUGCUUUCCCGCGGAGGGCGCGUGGGCCGAGGUCUGGCGCGCUUGCGGCUGUUGGAGACCUAUGCACAGGCGCUUCUGGCCACUGUGGAGCGAGUGUCGAGGAGCCCAGUGCUCACAGGUUUCUUUGCGCCACAAGCCCGAGACCUGGAAUCUGCACUGCCUCCUGGCAGCACGGUGAUUUUGCCUGCCCCAGAAGAGCCCUCACCCCGCCCUUUGGACAGCCUCACCAUCCAUAGCCUGGAGGCUCAGAGCCUCUGCUGCGUACAGCCCUUUCACACCCAGGACACAAAAGGCAGGCCCUUCCAUGCAGAGGCCCGGGAAAGCCUGGAUGUGCUGCUACGACACCCCUCAGGCUGGUGGCUAGUGGAGAACGAAGACCAGCAAAAGGCCUGGUUUCCAGCUCCCUAUCUGGAGGAGGUGGCCCAUGAGGUGGGCCUAACGCAGGGAAGCAGUGGGACCCAGUUCUGUAUUUCCCGCGCCUACAAGGGGAGCCGUGCUGAUGAGCUGUCAGUGCCAGCAGGGGCCCGUGUGCAGGUGUUAGAAACUUCUGACCGUGGAUGGUGGCUGUGCAGGUACUGCGACAGGGCUGGUCUGCUCCCCUCAGUACUGCUGCAACCUGAAAGACUGGGUGCAUUCUUGAGUGGGCCAGCAAUCCUUGGCAGGGAGGACAGGGAAAACAAGGCUACUACCAGUUCACCUCCUGUGCCCACCCGCCCUCUGCUGAGUGCCAUUCAGAGUCGCUGCUGCACUAUCACUCGUAGGGCACUGGUGUGGAACUCAGGGCCUCAUAACCCUCCUUGAGGUUGUGGGCUCACUCUGCAGAGAAGCUGGCUGUGUAUCCCAACCCCAGGUCAAGCAGAAUGUUCAGGAUCCAGAUCUCAGAUGGCAGAUGGCUGCAUCAUCCCCAGGCCUGGGAAAGGAAUGGAUGAGGGUGGGAGGGGGAAUUCCAAUUUCCUUUGAGUAAAAUUUCUGGAUGACUCCA